AUGACGAUGAAAAAUAUUAUUACAGUUAUAUUAGAAUACGCUGAAAGCGCAGAAUAUCAGAGUUGUUAUUGCGAAGAAAAUAUCUACAGACUCGUUAAGAAGCUAGCUGAUGCAGGCGUUCAGCGGAAUAACAGAGUUGCUUUUAUAAGUAACACUAAGAAGCACGUUUUGCUGUGUCAACAGAAUGCUAGUAGUCGCGGUGAUCCUUAUCCCGUUAUUUGGGAUUAUCACGUUAUUGCAUUGUUUUCAUUGGAUGAUGGCGAUUACGUCCUAGACUUGGAUACACGCCUGGGUCGGUUGUGCAGGUUAGAUGAAUAUAUACAAUCCACCUUCCACUCUUCAACGUCUAAGGAAUUACGCGCUUGGUUGCAUGUCGUCGAUGCGGAGACAUUUAUUGCCUCAUUCGCUUCUGAUAGGCGACACAUGAUUGUAGAUGGUCAAUAUCUCAGUCCACCACCCUCUUGGGCACCCAUUCGUGGUAAAAUGAGCAACACAGAACAUAACCUUGAAGAAUUCAUUGAAGGUAGUUUCCAACCAGCGUCUCGCGUAGCUCUUGAUUGGAGUGGUAGUAAAACAAAGAUAUCUCUAUAGAGUAUAAUAGCCAGCACACCCAUUUUGAAUAAUAUAGGACGAUUCAUGGCAUUUCAU